AUAAUGUAUAGCCAUGGUAUAUAGGGGUGAUAAAGCUAACUUCAAAUUAGAAUUAAUCUUGGUUUGGUACAAAUAAUAAUAAGUAUUUUUCGUAUAUCUUUAUCUACUAAUUACCCAGACACGUACCCCCCUGAUUGUUGAAGUUAAUUAUAUGAGAAUUAAAGAUAAAAUGCAGAGGACACCCAGUUUUCUAAAAAGGAUUAUAAAAUAUGAGGGAGAUAGUAAGUUAAUGUCAGACAUUGAUGUCAACAGCCAACGAUGUAAAUUGGGAAAAGUAUAUCAACUGAAUACCUACUACAGAACUCUUGGAAGAUCUGAGACAAAAACGACACAAACUCUAAAAGGAAACGACGGCUUUGCAGAACACAAUUCAGAAAGUGAAUUUGGUUCUCAAAAACAUUUGUUGGACAAUUACUGCAACGAUCUAAUAGAUUUACCCAAUCGUGUCAAGGACAAAAGAUGUACAUCAGAAAACGUUAACCAACUGAUUACGCACGACAGAACUCAAACGACACCGAAGCCAAAAGGAAAUGGAGGCGUCGAGGAAUGCACUUCAGAUGAUAAACGUCUAAUCAACUCGAAAUGUAAUGAUGGAACCGAAGAAAAAGGAGACGAUAGAGAAUGCAGGUUGAAUGAAUUAGUGAUUCGUGCAGUUGUCGCAUUAUCUAAAAUAUCACGAAUGACAAGUCUAAACACUUUGGCAGAUCUAGCAGAUAACAGGGAGUCAAGGGAUACGUACACUACAAUCAAACGAAAAGUGGUCAGGUCACCUACCAGAAUAUCUAGAAAGACUCUAGACACUUCUUCAGAUGUAACAACGAAUAAACAGUUUAAGGAGAAAGCAACUAAUCUAUCAAACUGUAGACCACGUAAAACAGGCAUUCGGUUUAACUUGAAUGGAAAGAUAAUGUUUAUAAUUGGUUUGCUGUUGAAUAACUUUUUAUACACAGCUGCAACUACUGGACUACCAAUGACAACACUGGGUAGUUCGGUUCAACUCAGCUGGGUAUAUAGAACACAAGAUUACAAGACCAUACCAAUAAUUCAGUUCCAGAAUCAGCCUAAUAGUUUUAAAGAGCUCGAGAUUGAUGGUGAGAAGUAUGAGCUACUAUUGACGAAAACAGAUGGACAGAUAAAGAUAACUUUUAUUGUUAAUAAUAUAACUGAUACAGAUUAUAGUUUGUAUAGAUGUUAUCUGAACAACCAACCAGGAGAAUACAAAGACAUCAACAUCAGCUUGGCAGGUUUCACUUGGAUGCCAACAGCUCGAGAACCUGUCAUUUCAACUCUUCGCCAAGAUGUGGAACUAUCCUGGGAAUAUAAAACCACUAAAUCGAUCAACAAAAUCAUCUUUAGUCGAAAACAUCAAAUAACCAAUCAUACUAUAGAUAUUGGUAUAUGGACGAUCGAGAAAGGUUUCAAACAAGACAGAGUGGAUGUUUCAACGGAACUGAUACUAAAUAAAGUAUCAAUAAACAACGGGGGUGUAGAAAGGAUCAGCCUUCAAUUACAACAAACAGUUAAUGAUGAUUUUGAUAAAAUCUACUACUGUCAUGUCUUCUAUGAUGAUCAGAUCUCUUACAAACAAGGUGUUCAACUGGUGGCUGAAAGAUCAGAAUGUGAAGGUAAAAAUAUAAAGUCCGAUAAAAAUAGAUCAAUAUUUACCUGGAUGUAUCAAUAUCGCUACCCGAUUACAGCAGUUAUAAUAUCGAGGAUCGAUAGCUCACGAAAGGAGGAAGACGAUCUGGGGUAUUGGUAUCAGAAUAAAUUUGUAUCCGAAACAUUAUUUAAAGACAGGCUGGUAUUUAAUAUAACAGAGCUGGCUGAUGACAGAAGAGAGAUAACUCUAGUUCUAUUUAAUACAACCGGAAGUGACUUUAAUUCAACAUACUUAUGUAAAGUGAUACCAGCUGAUGGACAGUUUUGUCAGUGUCGAUUAAAACUUAACGAUGUCGAUGAUUUAAACCACGACAACUAUACAGCUCCAACUGGUAUAACCAAACCACGUGACAAGAUCGUAUCAUCUAUAAACUCCAGUCCAAUUAUUGUCGUGGCUGUUAUAAUUCCAGUACUAGUAAUAAUCUGUAUACUGACGACAAUUCUUGUGGUACGAAAGAGACAAAAAGCUCCUAUCCCUCCUCAAUGUAAUGAAAACGAACCAUGCAUGUAGUAGUAACAAUGAUAGUAGUAAUUGUAAUAUGAAAGAAAAAAAACAUUAGUAGUAUCAGUGAUAGUGGUAUUUCCGAUAUGGGAGAAGCGAUAUCUUUGUCACCUUCUGGGUAAUAUAAAUGGAUUUAUUUAUUGGCGUACGGUCGCAAUUUUACUACCCCCCCCCCCCAAAAAAAAAAAAUGUCCGCGCCUGCAGAUGCCAUUAAAUAUAUAUUUAUAAAACUAUAGAUUAUAAUUGUUGUUUUUUUUAUUUUUACAAUUCCUUUUCCAUAUGUUUGCCUUUUUUUAGUAUCACCUAAAUCAUAAGACGUGUAAUCUUCUAAAUUAAACAAUUUUAUAGUUGUGUAUACAAAAAGUAUUAAAAAUGUAUAUGGAUAGUUUAAUAAUUUAAGUUGUAUAUAUUUGUCAAGUUUGUAGUCUGGUUUUGUAUUUUUGAUAUGUUUGUAUUGGGUUUUAUAUAUUUGAUAAUAUUCAUAAUAACACAACUUUAUGGAUUUACUACUUCUUGGUUUAUUACAUGCAACGUUUCAAUACUCUUACAGGUAUCUUUAUCAAGCAAUGAUCAAUAAUGAAUAACAACUCUACAUUUAUAGUACAUCCAUGAGUAAGAACCAUUUAACAAUAAAAACAUAACAUUAAUUAAGACUAUAACAACAAACAUUUCCCUUUGAGUAUGGCUUUACCAUUUUUCUUCAAUCUAAGGUGUUAAAAGUGGGGAUUGAAGCCACCGCCUAAGCUAAAAUGCAAUCAAAACCCAUUAACCACACCAUCAAAUAUUUAAUCUGACUAAUUUCAAUACACUAUGCAUAAUUAGUUAGGUUUUUAACCCACCCCCUCUUGCUCAUACAUUUACAAUAUUAUUAUAUAGAAAAUUUGUUAAUUAUUGUUCCAAUAGAACAAAUAAAUAAGUUAUAGUAGCCCUCAUAAAUAAUAGUUCCACUGAUAAAUAAAAUUUUUAAUUUCCACUCCACUGAUACGAAUAAUAACUUAUAGAUCCACUCCACUGAUAAAAAAUUAUUUUAAUUUUACUUCACUGAUAAUUGAUACUUAUGGUAUCCUAUUGUAUAAUACUUAUAAAUAGUUCCAAUAAUAGAUAAUAACUUGCUUAACAAAAUAAUUCAUUCCAUACAUUAGAAAGGGCUCUUCCAUUGUCUUUAUUCAUUUUUGGUUUUUGUCUUAGGAUUUCUAAUGCUUCCCACAAAACUCUUUUCUUCCAUAUUUGAUAAGCUUUAUACAUAUUGAAAUGGCCUGGGCCAUUCUUGUUGUUUAUGUUUCACUCGUUCGCUUGUUGACGUUCGUGAGCCUUUAUUCUAACUAUAGUAACAUAGGGAUGUCUUUCGUUUCUUUAUGAUAACAUAUGUUGUCGGUGAUUAUUUACAGUGAUUGUAAUGAUAAAUUUUAUAGAAACUAUGAUUAGCAUAAGUAAUAUUAAUUGUUGAGUGAUGUAAGCUAUUAAUCGUGUUUAAUGCCAUCAUGUGUUGUCUAAAUUUAGAGUUAGUUUAUACCUAUAACGAGUGAAGAUGGUCCUAGUAUUUGGGUCCGCUGAACGACACGUCGUUUACUACAUGGAUUUUGAUGCGUAUCGUCGUUUCAAUAACAUUAAAUGUGUCAAUUAAAUCUCAGUAAUCUACCUUACCUUCAUAUUAUGUUCACUAUUAUAUCCAUGAACUGCUAUAAUCCUGAUUCAUAGAGUAAAUCCAUUUAACCUCCUCUCGAUUUCUACGAGGGUCUGGGAAGCCGCCAUUUUCGAAAACGGUUGUUAGAGCGAGGUCGAUGACGGGGACACAAAUACUUCUUAUUUCUAGUUAUUACCAAUAAUAAAUAAAUGUCUAAGAGAUGAUCGCUAAUAAAGUGAUACUUAUAAAGGGUUGUUAGAUUAUCGUAUCUAGGUUCAAUUAAGUCUAUUGUGCUUAGAUUAAACAUUACGCUCGGUUCAAGCAAGGCCUUGCUUGACUUGUUUGUGUAGAACUAGGAAAUUCAUACGCCGUGAUCAACUUGGCAACAGGGAUUGUGCUAAUAUUUUCGGGGCUAAUCAUAUAAUUAUCCGUUAAUUUACCUUUUCAUCUUCAUCGAAAUUGGAUGGAGUAUGUUAUUCCUCGCAUAAUUUGUAACGGUUGUAUAUAGCGAUAUUGAGUUCUACCUUGUUAAAAUUAGUCUUUUGUAUUUGAGGCGUAAUGUUCGGUCAUGGUAACGUCGUGGGACGUAAUCGAGACGUAAUCAAGGACGCAUUGUUAUUACAUUAAUUUUAUUAUUAUUCUGUACAUCAAUUAGUAUUCUUAGAGUUGUUUAUUAGUCAGAUUAGCUAUAUAUUUGUAUUGCCAACUUAUUGCCUCCUCAAAGAAUAGUUGUUUAUUGAUAAUAAUUACAUUUCAGGUACCAGUAUUGUAAAGUAGAUCCUUCCUAGGCAAAAUACGUCCCCUUUUUACGUGAUUUGAUUGGUCGAGACAGUCACGUGACACCUAAAGCGAAGGUAUAUAAGGCCCGCAGGCUUUCCAUUGUCAUUCACUCAUUGGCGCUUGCCUGGUAAGAGUCAAUAGCACUAACUCCUCCCUCCCCAAUUCUUAGAACCUCGUCUUAAAGGGCACAUUCCAUGAAUAUUUUUCAAGUAAAGUAAAUUUUCCCAAGUUACAUGUAAAGUAAAUCACAAAUAUAUUUUCAUAAAUUACAUAAUUUCCCCGAUUAAAUAGCCAUCAUUUUUGUAUACUAUUCUGAUCGCUAGUCCUAAAUUCAAAGCCACCGGAAGGAAAGCCCAAGAAGGAUCUACUAAGUUAUAUUUCUAAGUGUAUGUUCAAUAAUUGAUGACCAAGUGAACCUGGAAUAAAGUUUCAUAUUGUUUUGUUACCGAAAGUCGCAUUUUCCUUCUUUAGGGGCGAGACCACCUUUGUCGGGGCUGCUACAAUAUGAUCAGUUUAUAGUUUUUUAUAAUUGAUAUGUUUGUAUUUGGGUUUUAUAUAUUUGAUAAGUGUUAUAUAUUUGAUAAGUUUAAAGUUUUAUAUAUUUGAUCAUUUAAUGGCUUUAUAUAUUUGAUCAUUUAAUAGCUUUAUAUAUUUCAUAAGUUUAAAGUUUUAUAUAGGUGAGCUUUUUAUAUGAUAAAUAUAACAGUUUAUAUAUUUGA